AUGAGACUCGCUGACUUGCAGUCCCCCCCCAGAGUCGGCGAUACCGACAACAACAUCAGUGGCGCCGAUGCCAUCCUCAGGGCGGAUCCAGUCUAUUGGGUUCCGCGACUCAAGCCCUUAAUCCGCGCAGACAGAGAAGGAGAAUCCAUCGUCGCGAUUUGGAACGGAACGGGAGCCGACAAAGAAGUCAUUUGUGCUAGGAUAAGUGCUGCUAUAGGAAUCAGGCAAGACGAAAUAUCCGUCUACAGCCUUGGACGCGGGGUGGCGGACCUCAUAAUGGUCGUUACGAAUGGCUCGCCCAACUAUAAGCUCGCAAAUAUCAACGGCAUAGACAGUGGUAAUUCGUCUGACGGCACCUUGGAGAGACAAAACGAGGCAUGCCAAUCAAACUUUGCCAGCAAUACAAUGCCUCUCGGCACCGCCGCUACAGACGGCGCCAUCGGUAUAUCGAGUCUUGCAAAUACAGCUGCAUUGGGGCGCCGGCCGUCGCGUCCUAAACUGGAAAUCCCGUCGAGCUAUCCCAGAGAUCCACAUUCGUGUUCGUGGUAUUCCCACGACGCCUCGCAGCCUGACCAUCUGAACAGAGGAUCAGUCAUGACACCAAUCACGCCGUUUGAGGAGGAUGGAUGGGUUCCUACUCCAAUAGGCCCAAAAGCACCGCGAGCGCCGCAAUGGAUAUGGAAGCACGAGGCGACGCUGUUUACCAUAAUGGAGGACCCCAGCAUGUGA